AUGACACUCACCCUAAUCACCGCAAGUCUGGCCACCGUCGCGGUGGAGAGUAUGCUCUAUGGUGUCUUCCUCGUACUGGCUGCGAGCUCGAUGUACUUGCACUUGGGCCGUAUCGCGUCGCAGCAGUCAAACUCGUUUGGGUCGGUCUCGGUUUUGGCGUACUUCACUCCGGUCAUCUUGGGGUCAUUAUGCGUUAUCCUGACCGUAACGGGUCACUGGAUACUGACAGUGACUCGUCUGUUUGACGCGUUCGUCAAUUUCCUGGAUGGCCAGGAACCUCUACUAUACUAUUCCGACCUCUCUCUCACGACUGAGGUGGUGAAGACGGCCUUCCUUAUUGCCACAUUGAUCAUCUCGGACAUUUUGUUUUCCCCUGUUGCACCGUUCUUGGGCUCUGCGGAAUUAUUUUCAGUGGCGGGACCUGGUGUCGUAUAUGAGCUGACGCAGCUCGGCACGAGUACUGUGUUCGUUGCACGACUGUCUCGAUGGAUCUCAGCCGACUACGCGUUCACCGGGAUUUUCUUCUACUUGCACGAGGCACGGAUCUCUGGCUCCCUUGGUGCUGGCUCCAGCAGACUGCGCGCCCAUAUGACGCCCGUAUUCCUCGGCGCGGUCAUCGUCUCCUGCACCACAACAGCGCACUGGAUUCUCACUGUUACUCGCCUCUUUGAUGCCUUCAUCAAUUACAUGGGUGGAGCCGCACCCUUGCUCUUCUACGCAAACCUCUCACAGCCAAGUGAGGUGGUGAAGACGGCCGUCUUGAUCGCGACGCUCAUCACCUCCGAUGUCCUGUUUGUGUAUCGGCUUUGGAUGGUCUGGGGCUACAACUACUACGUGAUCAUCAUCCCUAGCAUGGCUGUCUUGGGUCUCUGCGUGUCUGGUGUUGGCAUCGUGUACACGCUUUCGCAGCUCAGCGCCGGCAACACUAUCUUCGUAUCAAAGGCUGCGCAGUGGAUCGCUGCGGAUUACUCCUUCACCUUUGCGUGCGUGUUGCUCUCGGUCUACGGCGAUACGAGUCUCCAGUCCGGCAACACGUACGGCGGCGGAAACCUGAUGCGCGUCCUCGCUACGAUUGUCGAGAGUGCGGCUAUCUACACUGCUUGGGUCGUCGCGUUCUUCAUCUCGUACGAGGUGACCUCGAACCUGCAGUACACCUUCGUGGACACGCUCUGCCAGGUCGCCGGCGUCGCAUACAUGAUGAUCAACGUGCGCGUCAGCCUCGGAUGGGCGCAGACGGCGCACCAGUCGCAGGGCACGUCCUCUGCGGGCGGCAUCGCAUCGCGCCGCGGACCUGUGGACCAUUCAUACGUGAUGCGGCCUGUCGCCGUCGACAUCACGCGAGUGGUGCAGAAGGAGGAUGACAUGGGUCAGCCUGUGAAGCCGCGCGUUUCGAGCGACUACAACGUAUGA